AAUAAAAAAAUCAACUAACAGAGUAAAUUGUAAGAACGAAGAGAAAGCGAGACCAAGGAAGAGAGCGAGAGAGAGAGUCUGACUCUGAUCUCCUCAGUUGGAGUCUUGGAGAAUCGAAAACCCUAGAAUCCUGAAAUGGAGAGCAUUUAUUAGAAAACAAUAAACCUCUGUGGUUUGAUCGAAGUUUCAGAUUAGUGAAAACAAUGUUGGAAUGGCUCAGUACAGGCAAGCAGGCGCGGAUAGAUUCACAGUCCGAAGCCAUGAUUUCCACCACGGCAAUGGAAGCUCGAAUCCGGACCAGGUCUCGGUUGGCAUUCGGGUCUCGCACAAACAAGGUCGAGCACGAAGAUCCGGUCGCUCUGACAAGAGUUGGAAGAUCUCGAUCGGCACAGUCAUUGUGAUUCUGUCUCUCGUCCUCGUAGUCACCUUCUUCGCUUAUAAUUACGUUUCCAGAGAUAAAGAAUUGAACAGGUCUGAUAAUCAGGAUGAUGACGCGAAGAAUGACUUAGAUUUUCUCACAAAUGUAACACGGACCAGGGUUCCGAGAAUCCUCAAGUUUGGUCAUGGUUCUGUAUCGCAUGGUAGGGACUCAAGAUACUGGGAUAGGGAUGACAGAAGAAGGGAUGAAGAAUACAAUGAGGAUGUAUCAGAGCUCAGUGGUGGUGAUGGUAAUCGACCUCUAGACAAUGAAAACGCGGCUACGAAAGAGAGGAGUAGCAGUAAGCAAAAGCCCGUUAAUAGUACCAGGAAGAAGUCAAAUGGGAAGCAUAGUUUGGAUCGUACAAGUGCAGGAUUGUAUAAUGAAGCUGGGCGUGAUGAACUGAAACUUUAUGAAGCAGAAUACCAGGCUUCUCUGAAGAAUGUUGGACAGUCAGGACAGGACAAUAGCAAAAGAGGUGACACACCUCAUGGUGUUGACUCAGGAUUGCAUGAUGAAGAUGUUGAUUCUGAUGAUGAAUAUAAUGAUGGUAUUGAUUCUCAAGAUUCUCGCAUGGAAGAAUAUGAUGAUCCAGAACAUGAUAAAGAUCAUUCUGUUGUAGAAAAAGCUCAGGAUGAUGAUGGUGGAUUGCCUUCUGAUACCCUUGAUUCUGAAACCAGGGAGGCUAAGGUUUUGGAUGAAGCUUUCACAAAUGAAUUUGAGGAAAGGGACUCCAGGCUUGUAAAUGUUAAUGCUGGUCGACUUGCAAAGAAAUCUAGCUCUGACAGAAAAGCAGAUUCAAGGAGAAGGCUGAAGCGUCACAAAUUUUCUGGUUCCUCUUGUGAGAUGAAAUUCUUAAACUCUACUGCACAGCUUGUAGAGCCUUUAGAAAGUCGAAAAUUUGCAAGGUUUUCUUUGCAGUAUACAGAAAUGGAAGAGAGGCCUAGUGGACAAGAACAUUGGGAGCCACGAUUUGCUGGACAUCAGAGUCUUCAAGAAAGGGAAGAAUCAUUUUAUGCACAUGAUCAAAAAAUAAACUGUGGUUUUAUCAAAGGUCCUACAGGAUCUCCAAGUACAGGUUUUGACAUUGCAGAAGAUGAUGCAAGAUAUAUGAGUAGUUGCCACAUAGCUGUAUCGUCUUGUAUCUUUGGAAACUCAGAUAAUUUGAAGACACCUAUGAGUAAAACGGUCACUCGGUUAUCCAGGAAAAAUGUCUGCUUUGUUAUGUUCAUGGAUGAAAAUACUUUGGAAACAGUUUCUUCAGAAGGCCAAAGGCCAGACAGAAUGGGGUUUAUCGGUCUGUGGAAAAUUGUAGUGGUGAAGAAUUUACCUUUUACUGAUAUGCGGAGAGUGGGGAAAAUACCAAAGUUUCUAACACACAGGCUAUUUCCUUCUGCAAGGUAUUCAAUCUGGUUGGAUAGCAAGCUACGCCUCCAAAGUGAUCCUCUCCUCAUCUUAGAGUAUUUCUUGUGGCGGAAAGGUUAUGAGUAUGCAAUUUCAAAUCAUUAUGAUCGCCAUUGUGUCUGGGAGGAAGUGGCACAGAACAAGAAAUUGAACAAAUUCAACCAUACAAUUAUAGAUCAGCAAUUUGCUUUUUAUCAGGCUGAUGGUCUCAAAAGAUUCAAUGCCUCAGAUCCCAACAAGCUCCUUUCUAGCUAUGUUCCUGAAGGGUCUUUCAUUGUGAGGGCUCACACACCAAUGUCAAAUUUGUUUUCCUGUCUUUGGUUUAAUGAGGUUGAUCGGUUUACUCCUCGUGAUCAGCUAAGUUUUGCAUAUACAUAUCUGAAGUUGAGAAGAAUGAACCCUGGAAAGCCAUUUCGUCUCAAUAUGUUCAAGGAUUGUGAGAGGCGAACUAUAACCAAACUAUUCCAUCAUAGGCCAGAGGAGAAGCGGAAUGUUCCUUUGCGGGUGAUGAGGUGAAUUAGGGUUGUGUUAUGCCUUGUUGCAGAGAACUGUCAGUUUGGUUAAUAUUCCUCAUGGUCCUGGUUCAUCCAAAAACUGGAGAUGAUAGGCUUAAAAUUCCCAACUGCUUUCCAGAACUGCUGCUUGCCCUCAUGGUCGUUUUAUUCUGCAGCCUGGAUGUCAAGGAAGUCCAAAGGUUCUUGUUGAGUUCAGAUUGUUGCUCUCUCAUUUCGUUUUGUUAUCUCCACCGAGUAUAAAAAGAAAUAUACAGUUGGAAUUUACUCUCAAGAUGCAAUUCUUUUCUUUCUCAAUUUAUUGCAUCUUUGGUGGCAUGGAGUUCCUGAUUACAUCUGUACUAUUACUACUAUGACUGCUACUUCCAUGACUACAUUGUUGUUUAUUGACCCAUUUUUUAAAAUUUUCUAUUUUUCUUUCAUUUAGCUUUUGUCCAGCAUCUUUUUCAUUGUUAUCUAUUUUUCAGCCUUUGGUUUGAAGUUUUGAUCUGUCAUCCAUGCUUUGUAUGAUAUUUUGACAAUUUGGUUAUGAUGUUGUUAUCUCAAACUUUCUCCUGUUACAAAUC